AUGAAACCUCGAUCAAACCUUCCACCUACUGUCUGUUACUAUUCUCAGGCGAAUCUCUUUCCAGAUGAUGGUCGCAAUUUUCUGAACACGCAUUUAAAGAUUGAUCCAAGGUCUCUGAUCAAGACGAGGAACGAUGGACGAAAUCUCAAUGACUACUUCCGGAAAGCAAUCGAGUACAUGGCUAUUGUCAACUACCCGUACCCUACAGGGUUCCUUAAGAAGCUUCCUGGAUAUCCAGUUCAAGCUGCCUGUGGCUACAUGAAUGACACGGGUACCUCUUUCACCGACAAGGAACUCGCGACAAUGAUGUAUAAUGCUGCAAAUAUCUACUACAACACCUCUGGUAAUCUCCAGUACAACUGCAUCAAUCCGACUGUCUGCGGUGAUCCUGGCACAGCCAAUCUGGGAGGUGCCGCUCUCGGUUGGCCCUGGCAGGAGUGCAGUGAAAUCGUCAUUGAUAUGUGCGCUCGAGGAGGAAAAAGCGACUUUUUCUGGGACGAAUGUAAUGGAAAUUCCACAGCUCUACUCAUAGCUACUUGCGUCUCACAGUUCCAAAAGUAA